AUGGAGGGUGGCAUUGACAUGGAGGACACCGUCGUGGCUCCACCAGCCACCAGCGAGCAAUCGCAAGCACCCGAACAAGUUCCCGAAGAAGGCAACAAGUUCCAAAAGGCCAUCGGCGCAUGGAGAAACAUCGACCUCACCUCGCUCAUCCCACAACUUGAUACCGUAGCCUCAGACCUCGUUGCACAUCAACGAGACACUCUCACGCAAAGAAAAGACCUCGCGCAAAAGACAAAAGACUUUAGGAAACUAGACGACGCGAGCAAGCUCAACGAUAUCAAAGGCCUCCUCAAGUCUUACCAAAACUUCAUUGAUCUUAUAUCCAACCAGUCCAAGACCAUACAAGCCGCCUUCUUCCAAGUCUACUCGCCGCUUUCUGAGGCUCCCGACCCGUAUCCCCUGCUCGAAGCCUCCGUCGACUCCCUCGUAACCUCUGAGGAGCUCGUGCCGAAACUCACAUCUGAAAACGAGCGCUUGCAGAAAACCGUAGCCAGACUUACAACACAGCUCGAUGAGUCGGAGAAGAAACUAGAAGAGGAGCGCACCGCACGCAAGGCUCUUGAAGAUAGCCGCGACAGCAAGAUCAAGGAGGUCGAGACAUCAUGGUCGGCUGUCUUGAGCGAGAAGCAGGACAACUGGGAGUCUAAGGAGAAGGCCCUGGAAGAGAAGGUUGAGAACCAGGACCGGCUGCUGAAGGAACUCAAAGCCAGCUACGAAGUCUCACAGCGACUUGGUCAGGGAGAGGCAGCCGAAGAAGGAGGCCGAGGUGCCACAGCUGCGGAGCUCGAGAUUGUCAGCUCAGAGCUUGAGCGAACAAGCCACCGAUUGGCCGAAAUUACGGCCCGGAACGAACAACUACGUCUAGAGUUGGCUCAGUCUGCAUCGGCACCGGCUCAACAAGUCGCAAUUGAAGACGACCCUGCCUUCCUACGCCUGCGAUCCGAAAACUCGUCACUCCUGCGAAAGCUGGAAAAUGCGCGGUUCGAAAAGGAUUCCGACAGGACGCGUCUCGAAACUGAAAUGCGAAGCUUGGAACGGGAGAUCAAGUCUUUAAAGAGCGAGAAAGAAGCACUUCGCGAGAAGGUCCAAAAAUGGAGUGACUACGAGAACGUCAAGCAGGAACUCGAGGUCUUGAAGUCAAUCGAGUUCGCAACUGGCGACGAUGAUGAUGAGGCUACUGAGAUUGCACUCUCACAAAAUGGUGCAUCUGGCAAAGGCAAAGGAGAGACGCUUGAACAGCUCCUGCUUGCUCGUAACAAAAAACUCAGCAAUGAGCUUACAGUCAUGCGUGUGUCACACCAAGACCUGCAGAGCAGGCUAGAGGCGCUUCAAGAGGAGCUGUCAAAUACAAACAUGGACUUGGAAAAGUCACGACAGCUCAACGAGACGCUGGAGGCUGACCUUGAAAAAGUCCAGCAGGAGGCUACAAAUGCCUUUGACCCUUCUGGCAUGUCAGUCGCGGGCACAUAUGUUUCGCGAUUCCCACAAUCAUCAUUUGGUGGUCGAAAAGGUCGCUCCUCCCCAACAUCGUCAAUCAUCUCAGGCUUUGAUAGUUCAUCACAAGCCCCAACGCUUGCCUCUCUUCGUGCAGGGGGUGGAGGUGGUGAAAUGGGAGGAGGCUCAGGCAUCCUUCCCAUGGUCACCGCACAGCGAGAUCGCUUCAAGAAACGUAACUCGGAACUUGAAGCCGAGCUCCAGAAAUCCUACCAGACCAUAUCCUCUCUGAGGAGCGAGGUCGGCGCAUUGCAAAAGGACAAUCUGGAUCUGUAUGAAAAGACCAGGUAUAUCAGUAGUUACAAUGCAGUCAACAGGGGCCCUGCGUCCAGUGCCUCGAGCUUUGGCGUAAACCCGAACCCCUCAGCCAUUAACAUGGGCGAUGGAGGCGCCUCGACGGUCGAUACAAAAUACCGCUCAGCAUACGAGUCCAAUAUCAGCCCUUUUGCAGCCUUCCGGGGUCGCGAAAGCGCGCGAGCAAUGAAGCGCAUGCAUCUCUUCGAACGCAUGAUAUUACGCGUCACCAAAUUUGUGCUGCAGACGCGGACGAGUCGAAACAUGUUUGCGGGAUACCUGCUAGCGCUUCAUUUCAUGGUUUUCUAUUUUCUCUUUAGCUACGAGGCGGGGGCUGGAGCGGCGGCUGUUGCUGCUGCCGGACCGGGAGGACCUCUUCCAGGGGCUGAAGAUACGCAUGUUUGGCAUAAUGAGGAUGAGGGCCACUCGUGA